CGUUCGUGCUUCUCGGUUUCCUCCUCUGUAAGAUGGUGGUAGCCCUGUACCUGUGAAGAUGGAGAUGAGCGUCUAUAGCACACAGACUUUCUCCACAUGCAGUGCUUUCUGCUGUUAGGAGAGUCAGAACCUUGACCCCGAUGUUCAGAAGACUUAGACGUCAGCACCGUGUGGCCUGGUGACUGUUGGGGCCCAUCUGACCUGCGUCCAGCUGCCUCCCAACCUGUGGUAACUGGCAGAGAGCACGGUGCAUGUAUGACGGAGCUGUGCCCAGCAAACACAAGCUUGAGAACAUGGAAAGCCCUUUUUUCUUGGCAGCUCUAACGAUGUCUGACAAGAACCAGAUAGUGGCCAGAGUUUCCCUUAUCGAGCAGCUGAUGUCUCAAAGGAAUUUUGAGGAUCUCGGCCAUCACCUCACUGUGCUGGAAACUCUGCAUGUGACUCCAGAGCACCUUCAGGAGACGGGGGUGGUCAGGGCGGUGUACAGAGUCCUCAAAAACUGCCCCACAGUGGCUUUGAAGCAGAAAGCCAAGCGUUUGCUGUCAGAAUGGAAAGUGCUGUAUAAGGAUACUCUCUGCAAGCCAGAGGGCAGCCCUAAACAAUUUCCUCCGGGUGGAAGUCAAGAAGAAAAUCGAGGACUUCCUCCUGACCCAAAUCAGGAGGGGGAGGUACGGGGUGGCUCCAGGUAUAAUUGUCUGUUCACAUCCCAAGAUGUGGCGGGAGCUGUUGAAACGAUCGUGCCGGAAGACAGCUGCAGCGGAGUGGAGCCUAAGGCAGUGCCUCUGAGCGCCUGGGACUCUCAGUCCACCGACCUGGCAGAGAGUGGGCAGCCGGACCCCAUAGUGCCCGUGAGAGCCAGAUGCACAGAGCUGCUGUACGAAGCUCUAACUGCUUCCUCCCCGUGCCAGCCCAGAGCCCACGUGUGGCCCAACUUGGCACAAGAAAUCGAAGCGCACGUUUUUGCCCUUCACCCCAAGAACCUCCAAAAAUACAAAACAUGCAUCCGCAGCAAAGUGGCCAAUCUAAAGAACCCCCGCAAUUCUCACUUACAGCAGAACUUGCUCUCUGGGACCAUGUCUCCAAGAGAAUUUGCUGAAAUGACCGCCAUGGAGAUGGCCAGCCAAGAACUGAAGCAGUUGAGAGCCUCCUACACGAAAUCUGCCUUACGGGAACAUUACCUGCCCCAAGUGGUGGAGGGCACGCUGACGAGGAAAAUAAAAUGCGAGCGCUGUGAGAAAUUCAACUGCCAGGUCACUGUCAUCCCCAGAGGGACACUCUUCCUUCCAAGUUGGGUGAGGAAUCCAGGCCCAGAUGAAGAAAUGAUGACCUAUGUCAUCUGCAAUGAAUGUGGGGAGCAGUGGUAUCAUAGCAAGUGGGUGUGCUUGUGAUUAUAAAUAAAUGUUCUUUUAACAGCA